UUCGCCCUCACUCCUCCUCGUCUCCUUUUGCUCUCCUGCUCUUCGACAAACACCGCCCUCCAUCUCCGCCGCAGGAAACCGCACCACCGCCCAUCAUGUCCCGCAAAGGCGUCGGCCUCGCCGCCUUCGACCGCAGCCGCGUCACUUCCGCCCACUACGCCUCCCACGGCUCCUCGCUGCGCGCCACAAACGCCCAGGCGCUCGAGACGCAGCUCGACGUCUUCCGCUCGCUGCUGCACCAGUUCGCCGCCACGCACGCGCGCGACAUCCGCUCCGAUCCGGCCUUCCGCGCCCAGUUCGCCCGCAUGUGCGCCGCCAUCGGCGUCAACCCCCUCGCCAGCAGCAACCUCGGCGGCGGCGGCAGCGGCGCCAACUCGGUGUGGGCGCAGCUGCUCGGCAAGACGGUGCACGACUUCUACUUCGAGCUCGCCGUGCGCAUCGUCGAGGUGUGCAGCGCCACGCGCGCCGAGAACGGCGGGCUGAUCGGCCUCGCGGACCUGCGCGAGCGCGUGGCCCGCGGCCGCCUGGACGGCUCCGACCCCAUCGCUGACGACGACGUGCGGCGCGCCGUGCAGACGCUGAGCCCGCUAAGCGGCGCCUACAGCGUAGUGCGCGUAGGCCGCCGCGAGUACGUCCGCAGCGUGCCGCGCGAGCUGAGUACCGACCAGGCCGCCGUCGUCGAGGCCGUCCAGGUGCUGGGCUACGUGAGCGUGGAGAUGCUGCGCGAUAACCUGGGCUGGGACCGGGCGCGCGGGCGGACCGUCAUCGACGACCUUGUGGCCCAGGGCAUGCUGUGGGUCGACAAGCAGACCAAGGGGGAGUGGCAGUAUUGGAGCUUGGGGUUCAUGGUGGAAAUGAACAGCGGUGACACAGUUGUGGAAGAAGCUGGCUGAAACGAGACAUGAAAGCCACGACAUACUUGUGUCUCACUGCGGCGGCCAGAGAUCUUGAGUUUCAGGGACCAUCCCAAUGAUGUUCCCCUACAGAACUUGAUGGAAUUGCGCCAAGGCACCACGUUGAAGAGAGAUCCCAGUUACCUCUCUUGGCCAUUUACAACACUUCUGCGGCCUUCAUGGCCAGCGGGUCCUAGGCGAACGGGGUAUUCAAACUCACUCGGAACCGAUCUCCCCGCAUAUAUCAUUUAGAGGCCCUGGCAUCACCCCCACAUUGGUAUCACAUCUCGAAGUGAACGGGCCAGCUCAAGUCGCAUCGAAAGCGUUGUACAUAGAAGGGCACGACCAAGACAAGCCUCGGCAUAUAUAUAGACUUACAACUCCGUAUCUCACUUUCAGGAGAUGAAAUACCCGUCACGAGCAACAUGCCAGACAUGAAAUAUAGAUUAAAUUCACAAC